AUGGGUUGGUUACCGUUCUCAAAGUCUACAAACGCCCCAUCGGAUUCGUUGGGCCCCAAUCAGAUCGAGCAGAGGUCGCAUCAUUCAGUGGGUUUGGGUGCUGGAAACCAAGGGUUCGAUAAAACCCAAUCUGAUAUCUCAACUACAUUAGAGCAAAUAACCCAAGACCAUGAGAGACCUUUGGAUAUUCAAAAUGUCGACUUAACCAGCAGCUCCUUGGAGGAGACCGUUUCUGGGUUUGUUAGAGACAAGCCUAAAAACCUCUACAUCAUUGAUGGAGAAAAGAAUAUCAAACAGAGUAUCAUCUGUACCAGUGAUACCAAUGGAGGAAAGACGUGCUUGAAACUCGGAGUUAAUUCAAUUGAGUUAUUCAAGACUAUGCAAAAAUUGGAGUACUUCUGCUCUUUACCUGAUGACAUUGACGCCACCUACUUUGAAUGCAGAAAGAUUGAGUAG